AUGGAUCGUGCCAACAUGCCGCGUCCCAAGUCAAGUCGAGGUCGUCAUGAUCGAGGCAAUCAAAAUGGCUCUCGCAGUAACAACAGACGCCGCACGCAAGAUGACAGCAUGGACUUUGAAGAUGAUCGACAGCCCACGCAUCAGUCAAGUAGACACGAAAGGAAGAAAUCACCGCUCAAUGGUAUGAAUCCACUCCAGUUCACAAAGUCAGAGUACGCGCACGAAGCAUUGGUAGCACCCGCAGUGAAAUCGAUAUAUGAAAGAAAUGGAAGAAAGAAAGGCCAAAAAGUUGCUAGUCCUUUGGAAAGAGCGCAAAUACUUCAAGGAGGGCCAAGCAGCAGUAUGAGUGACAAAAUUCCAAGAAAGGUCAGGUAUCGUGAGAAAGAACCGCCGAGUAAUCCAUCACUGGGGCAAACUCUUAUUCAAGGGUUCAAGACGAUAUUUACUGGUAGGAAGCGAUCUUCGGAUGAUUCCUCAACUUCCAACACUUCCAACAACAGCAAAAGACAUAGGCGAAAUGUCAAAACCGACAGUCUCGCAAACGUCCCACAAACAAGAAACAAGCUUAAGCAACAAAAUGGGGCACAUAAGAAAGCCACCGAGGUCAUUGAUUUGGCAGAUUCUGAUUCCAAUACAGAAGACGAAAGCACGGCCCAAAAUCAACUGAAACGCAAUAGGUCAAAGCGAAAGUCAGAUUUGUUUGCUGAAGUAGGUUCGAAGAAGCAAGCUGCCAAACCAGUGACCGAAAAGCCAACCACUGGUAUCUAUGGACUCCUUGGUCACGUGACACAAGAGGUAAAAGAAGCAGUUCCGGACACCCCAUCGGAUGACGAUGGCGUCAAGGCCCAAAGUCCUACCAAGCAUGCUCUUCACAGUGAUGUUGAUUCUUCGUCUUCUUCAGACGAUGAUAAGACAAAAUCACCAGACGAACCAGAUACAGUUCGGCGAAAAUCAUUACAAGAGCAGCAGCUAGAGAGAGAACGCCAAGGGCUCAAGGACGUCAUUCGGAACAAUCUUUACCAGACUUCCGAUGUGGACGAGGCUGGUGGCAAUCAAACAGAAGGGGAUAGCGACAGUGAAGAAAACUUCUCGUUUCUUCCCAAGGGUAGUGUACGAAAGAGCAAACCUGCCGCAAGACUCCAAGUGGCUCAGCACGCUGCCAAGACUCGAAAGAAUACGGAUAUGGAAGACAUCAAUAACUUUCACCAAAAGAAGAAGAAGGCUUCUCGAAAAGAUGCUGCAGGAACCCAACCAAUCGUAUUGGAUGUCGACGACGAUGAGAAUGAUGGUACCAACGCAAACACAAAAAGCAAAUAUUUCGAAAACAACGAACCGAGUGGCCAUCCAAAAGUAUUGCCCCACCCGGGCAUGAAUUACCCCGACAUACAGCAUCCCGAUAUGCAGUACCACGACAUGCAGUUGUACAACGCGAACGAACCAGGUCCGAAAACACCUUCCGAUACAGCUCUACCUGCUGACUUGGCGGUAGGUAAAGAUACCAGCACGGAUGCCAUUAUGGCAGACUUUGAUCAGAAGGUUGGGCAAUGGAAAAAUGGAGCAACGCCAAAAUCGUCUUCGAGCCAGGCCGACGGCGAAGACGAAGACAAAUUCUGGGGCGACAUUGCCGCAAAACGGCAAAGUAAGAGCACGAACGAGGAAUCAUAUAGUCCAGAAGAUGCCAAGGCGUCUAGAAGGGCCCGAAAGAUAGCACAGGUUGAUGACGUCGCUAUCGACACGGAUUUCGAAAUUACUCCAACGCGCAAGAUGUCCAAAGAUCGGAUACUCCAAAACGCAUUGCGAAAAGUAGGUAUGGAUCCGUCAAGUCUUACGCUUCAAAUUACCAAGGUAAAUGGUGCCAAACCGAAUGCGCGAAAGGGAAAGCGCGUGAUCCCAGGUGCCUCUACAGCAACGGAGGCACGUAGUCAAGAAACGACAUCGUCUCAAGAAUCCCGAGAGUUUUGUGCUAGGACUAGUGGUAGAAACAGUGGUAGGAUAUCGACACGCUAUGGCACCAGAUCGCAUAGUAGUCAGGAGCGUGAGGAUUACAUCUUGGCGCAACAGAUGCAGCAACAAGAUGACAUGCUGGAAGCAAGCAGAAGAAGAAACCAAGGGAGAACGUUGAAGAAGAAAAAGAAGCCAGCAACAAAUGAGGACGAGCCGAUCGUGCUUAGCAGCGACAGCGAGGAAGAGGACCAUGAGGAACUCCAUGACAUGGAAUACGAUUUGUGUCGAAUUGCUUUAGGAAAGAAGGUCUCUGGCAACGGCUGCCGGUUGACCUUUUCGCGUCGCAAUAACCAGCUGAUCCUAUUUUUUAAGAGGCCAGGGCGUCGAGGACGAAACUCAAACUACGGGGUAGAAGAGAUUUCCUUCCAGCUGAAUCGAGAAACUGUGAAAGAAUUCAAAUGCUACGAAAAGAAGGAAAGAGAUGACGACGAACCCUCUGCCCAUUCCGUUGAUUUCAACUUUGUAGCGAUUCGAGCCAUUCCGUGCGAAGGAUCGAAAAAUCUUGACAAACACCUGAAUAAAUACAAACCCGAAAGUGAAGAUGCGCCAAAGAAGGAACGGUUUAUCAUACUUGAGUUUCCAGUAGAUGCUGACUUUGAUCAUUUUCGCACCAAGAUGGAAGACCAUCUUGCUGAAAUUUGCCAUCUGGACAGGAUCGAUAAAGAAGAAGCGUUGUCAUUUGCCGAGGCACUAGUCGACGACUCGCAGAGAAUGGCAACAUCUAGAAUUGCAAUUGAAACCCAGUCCUCAUUUCUACAGGGACGUGGACCUGAAAAUGUGCUUCUGGUGUAUCCUUUUACCGGCGAUCCAACAGAAAUCGAAGCCGCUGCGGAUGGCUUGCACGAGCCAAGCGGAAAGCUGAAGAUCAACCGUGGUUACAGUUCGGACGAGUCGGACAACGAGUCGGAUCAAGAAGAAGCCAGCAAAAUGCAUAUUUCGAAUACUCCAUCUGGAGACUUGGUCGAUAUGAAGGAAGACACAGUUUCAAAAGUGAAAGUGCGGCAGCACUAUGUGACCUUGCGUGUCAAAGAUUACGAAAGACUCCAACCCGAAGAGUGGCUCAAUGAUUCUCUAGUUGACUUUUGGAUGCAAUGGAUUGCAAGAAGCGAGGACAAGAGCAACACCAAUCUACAUUUCUUCACGUCGCACUUCUAUUCGUCCCUUGCCGGGGGUGGGCCAGAAGCGGUGACAUCUUGGACUGCCAAGAAGAAUAUCAACAUAUUUGAGAAAAAGUUCAUUUUCAUUCCGAUCAACAAAGAUCUUCACUGGUCGCUGUGCGCCGUUGUGAACCCUGGUUGCAUCAGCAACUCAUACGAGGCAGACCUUGACAAAAAGGCAAAGCUUGAUGUUCCUUGCCUGAUUUUCAUGGAUUCGUUGAGGAUGCACAGAAAAGUUGCCAUUCGGAAGAAGAUUGAAAAUUGGCUCAACUCGGAAUGGGAACGGAUAAACCCAGAUGCUGAUAAUACCAAGCCUUUCACCAAGGAUAAGUUUCAAUUGUUUACUCCAGCAGUUCCAAUGCAGAACAAUACAUGGGACUGUGGUGUCUUUGUUUGUCGAUACGCAUUAGCCAUUUUCAAAUUGCGAAAUCGCUCUUUCACGUUUCGAGAUGUGCAUGGUGAUUCUCCUUUCUCCAGGCUUGUCGCUGGUGGUGCAGAAUUCGACUUCAACAUGAAGGAUAUUGUCCGCUUUCGCGGAGAGUUCCAAACGCUGAUCGAGAAUCUUUCUGGGGUCUACUCCAGGUGGAAGCGUGAAGGAGAGAAACCAAACCCCAAAAGUGACGAUGCCGAGAAGAGCGGUGGACAAGAAGUGGAAACACACGAAGACAAAAGUAGUGAUCAAGAAAUGACUGACGCAACAAAGAAUGCCGAUCAAGUGACUGAUUUGGUCCCAUCGGAACAAAAAGCGACGUCGAGUCCUCCAAGCGGUAGCCCUGAGGAUGAGUCGAUGGACUUGGUCAACGAAAAUGAAAGCACGUCAGUAGCGAUCGAGGCGAAUUCACCUCCUGACAGCGAGGACGUGGUAAUCGAAAAUGAAAGUGGUUCGGUUAUAAUUGAGGCGACUUUACCUCAUGAUAGCGAGGGCUUGGUCAACGAAAAUGAGAGCGAUUUCAUAGCAACAGAGCAUUAUGCACCUCCUGAUAGCCAUAAUGAAGUAUUUGCCGACAUAUGA